CUAAUUCUAAACAAUAAAAUUGUCCUCUGUUUUCGGGAAGAGAUUACAUCAUAGCGAUAAGACCGCAUAAAGUGCAUCAUCUUUUGUAUAUUUAUUUAUUUCUUUUCUUGUCUUGUGUAGUGUAGGUAGGUACAAUAAGUGUGUUCAAUCAAUCUACUUCACUGUCAAAUUCCAACUAACCAAGCAAGGAAUACGUUUUUUAACCGUUACUUACUUGACACAAAAUAGGUACUUAUGUUCUUUUAAGGCCGUUUUCCACCAAAGCAGAGAAGAGGCGAGAGCGAGAUGUGCGGAGAGUCGACAAAGAGCGGGAAAAUUAUUUCCACGGAAAUCAAUCGUUUCCAUUGAUACUAGAUACCUACUUAAGAUGUAAAAGUAUAGACCAAGAGUCCGUGAACCCUACACCUCCGUUAUUUUAGAAAAGCUGAAAGUUUGUCACAACUGCCCAACACAGGUUACAUUACAGGCAAGAACGAUGGACCAUCAUGAAUGGAAGUUACCGCAAAAAAUACCAUCUCAAAUUCAUAAAGGAGACGGUCAAAACAUACUUCAAUGGGUCAAAAAGUACUUCAAUGGGUCAAAACUGGUUGAUGACGAAACCACACGAAACAUCGUCUAAUUAUUAUUGCAUUAUUAUUGGAAAAAUCAGUUUUAUAUGUACUUACCUAGGUAGUCAACGUAGAUAGAAUUUAUUCGUUAAAGGUCUGGCAAUAAAUGCCAUGAUUUAUAAUAAGUAAUAUUUAAAGGUAAUCCUUUAUUAUUUUAUUAAUUUGGGUUUUUACACACCUUUAGGAGGUAAUUAGGUAUACCUAGAAUGUUUGGUGAACAAAAAAUACCACCAUAGAACCAUUUUGCUAAAAAAAAAAAAAAAAAAGUGUUCGUCAGCUCGUUUUCAAAGUCGUUUCAAAACUUCAAGACAGAAUGCGGAUGAAAAACAGUCUAACACAGUCUCGCGUCGGUAGCGGAGGAGAGUAGCCCGCUGUAUUCCAUAAACGCCGACUCGUGCACCGAUCGUUAGCCAAACGAUAAUACUCAGACAUGUUCAUGACAAUUAUCACUGUAUUGCUGCUUCUAAUUACCGGUUAUGUAAUUAGGAAUAUAACUAAACCACGGAACUAUCCACCAGGACCAAAGUGGUAUCCGUUUCUGGGCUGUAGUGGAGUUGUCCAGAGCAUAUCUGCAAAACAUGGAUCACAAUGGAAAGGACUAUCUGAAUUAGCCAAAGAAUAUUCCACUCAGGUGCUUGGACUGAAAUUGUGUGGUGAGCUGGUUGUAGUAGUCUAUGGCACGAAAAAUAUACGACAAGUUUUCACCGGAAAGGAGUUCGAAGGUCGCCCCAACAGUUUCUUCAUAAAACUACGAUGCCUUGGGAAAAGAAUGGGUAUAACAUUCGCGGACGGACCUUUAUGGCGGGAGCACCGACAGUUCACAGUGAAGCAUUUACGGAAUAUUGGCUUCGGAAAAACCGGAAUGGAGAGAGAUAUACAAAGCGAAUUGUCAAACAUUUUGGAUUACAUCGAUAAAAAUAAUGACAAGCCAAUAAAUCCAAAAAAUAUUUUGCCUGCGGCGGUCAUGAAUGUUCUAUGGAAAUACGUUGCGGGCGAUCGAAUAAAAGAAGAGCGUUUGAAAUUUUUGUUGGACCUAUUAAGCGCCCGUUCAAAAGCUUUCUCGAUGGCUGGGGGCUGGCUGAACCAAGUGCCAUGGUGUCGGUACAUUGUCCCGGAAUUGAGUGGAUAUUCGCUGAUCACUAAAAUGAAUCAGCAGUUAUCUGAGAUUAUAGAGGAAGCAAUCAGGAAACACAAAAAUAAUGUGUCCGGACAAAAUGAUUUUAUUACUUCGUUUUUAAAGGAAAUCAAUGAAACGAAUAGCUCCUUUACAGAGGAUCAGUUGAAAACAAUUUGCCUGGAUUUAUUAAUAGCUGGAUCACAAACCACCAGCAAUGUCCUUGAAUUUGCUUUUCUAGUCGUAUUGAGGAAUCGAGCUUUGCAAGAAAAGUUAUUCGAUGAAAUAAAUACGGUCUUGGGUAAUAAACAGCCUUCUUGGAACGAUAGUUAUAGGUUAGUGUAUACUUCAGCGUUUCUUUUGGAAGUGCAGAGAUACUAUACAAUCGUCCCGCUGGCGGGGCCUCGGCGCUUACUCGAUGAUGCGGUUAUCGAUGGCUAUUUAAUACCAAAGGAGACAACUAUUCUGAUAUCCGUUGGCGAUGUACAUUUCGAUCCAGAAAUAUGGGACGAUCCACAUGAGUUUAAGCCCGAGAGAUUUAUAGACGAGCGAGGGGCUUUGAAAAAUUCAGAGCACAUGUACCCAUUCGGCUUAGGUCGUAGGCGUUGUCCAGGGGAUUCGCUCGCAAAGUCUUUUAUAUUCAUUGUUUUCGUGGGUGUUCUUCAGAAGUACAGGAUUGAACAUUGCAAUGGAGUGCUGCCAUCCGGCGACCCCAUAAUUGGAUUGAUAUCCUCACCUCGGCCGUAUGCUGCUGACUUUAUACCGAGGUCUUAGAAUAGAAUAACAGAAAGUAUUAUUGAGUAACUAGCAAAAUAUUAGCCUUAUAAUAUUGUAUUACUACUGUAGGGUAGACAAUAAAAUCUAUGAAAUA